UUCUCCAAGCAGCCAGAACAUAAUGUACUUAUAAUUUGAUUGACGUUUUGAUAUCGACGUUCAGUUUAUUUAUCUAUUUAUUAAUUAAUGUCACUUAAAUUCGUUUAAAAGAUUGGACAGGCAUGGCAAUGAAGGGAAGCAAUGUGGUGGUAACGUUCAGUUUUAUCCUUGCGCUCUUUGGGAUGUCAUCGUCUGUAUUUCUCGGAGGAACCAUUAGCUGGAGAGAAAAUAGGAACAAGAUUCGUUACACUUAUCGUAUGACCUACGAAUUGGGUACUGGGCCGUGCGGACUUGGUUGUUCAGAAAGAGACAUUGGGAAGGGCACGACCUCCAGACAGCCUUUUAACGAGACAUAUUGGACGUGCCUAAAAGGAUGCUCAAACAAUGUUACAGGAAGUAACCUUAACUAUAUCGUAACUGCUUUGGGAGAAAGUCCAAGCUGGGAACAGGGAGAAAAUAGGUUUGAACAAAGAAUGGUGGAUAUGAGAUUCACCAUGUCAGUAACCAUUCCUGCUAUCCUGACCAAUGGCGGCAGGGUCACACUUACCACUACUAUAGACACACGUGUUCGAAACGACACACAGAGCAUCAACGCCAGUCCCAUAGCCGCUCUGCCUCUUUACACAGGAUUGCCGUUUGGUUGCGUUUCUAAUGUUUCACUUCCGGUUGUGGAUCCUGAUGGUGACGUAAUCAAAUGUCGUUGGCCAGAGCCUGCCGAAUGUGGACAAAACUGUAACCAGCUACCGGAGGCCUACCUUGAUGAGAACUUUUGCAACAUAUACCUGAAUGUUACAAACAAAACGGGAUACGCCGCAGGGAAAAGAUAUCUGGUGUCAAUCACGGUCGAAGACUUUCCAAGAUAUCCAAUCAAACUCGCCUCCACAGUCCUACUCCCUAAUCAACCAAUCAGCAGCAUCCCUAUCCAGUUUUAUAUAGAUAUUGUCUCCUCUUCGUCGCAAUGCAGACCCUCAACAACUUAUGACACCAGCAACUUUCCAGACAACAGUGUUGCAUCCUAUAGCUUUAUGGAUUUCCACAACCAUGUUGAUUUUAUUUUUCCGGUGUACAUUUCGUCCACAAGAUCAAACGCCACAUUUGUACAAAGUUUUUCUCAACAUAUCAACACAACAAUUUUACGGAAUAACUCAAGAGGUCAGCAUCAUAUAGAAUUAUACUCAAAAUGGCGACCGAUUCCCCAACAGCUAGGAGAGAACUACCUUUGUGUCUGGGGCAAAGAUAAUGAAGGUGUUACAAGUAGAAAGCACUGUAUUCUGGGUCUCAUCGCCGAUUCGGAUGAAUGUGUUUCCAAUCCGUGCCAUGGCUCCGCGACUUGCUUGAACCUUUAUAUGAAGUAUGCCUGUAUCUGCCCGCCAGGAUUUAAAGGCAUAAACUGUCAGGAGAAAAUAUUGUGUGGCGAGAAUCCGUGUCUAAACAACAGUACAUGUUUCUCCACGCCCAACACUGCAUCCUGUCGUUGUACCAAAGGAUUUUUUGGAGACUUUUGUCAAUUUGAAGAACAACCCUGUUCAUCUUUUCCUUGCAAAAAUGGAGGCAAAUGUAGUUCCUUUCGGGGAGAGCUCAAUUGCAAGUGUCAAAAUAACUUCGUUGGGCCAGACUGUGGUUCCUAUAUUGUUCACAAUGACCUCAUCGGAACACUGAAGAGUCCGCUGUACCCACCCCUGUUGCUCUUUUUGGUGGGAACUCUUCUAGGGUGUAUCCUGCUCUGGAUAUGUAUAUGUGUUAUUACCAAACGACUUCGAGCUAAAAUACAACCAAAAGUGAAGGACCAAAAGCCAUCUGAUAUCAACAAAAGGAAUACUCGCAGGUUUAGGGGACCAAAGAGCACACACUCAGAAGUACGGCAGUCGUUGGAUUAUUGAUGUUUAUCU